GAGCUGAACUGGUUCAGGAACGGGGCGUGGCUUCGGUUACUGGGGCAGCGGGGACGCUUAGGCCGGGCCUGAGCACAGUGUAGAGGCCAAUGCUCCUCCCGUCUAUUGCAUGGCACCCAAGAAGGAGAAAGGCGGGAUUGGGAGUACCAAUUCCAAGGCCUGGGAACCGUCGCUCAUAGCUGCACACUUCAAUCAGAAUGACUGGAAGGCCUCCAUUGCAUUUGUGGUUGGGAAACGGAUUGAAGAUGACCUUCUCAUUCAAGCCCUCACCCUGGCUGUCCAGGUCCCUCAGCGUAAACUCUUCAGUAUCGUAUCAUGGCAAGACAUUCUCCAACAGAUCAAUGAAAUAGAUACUCUUAUUGGACAUGUUUCAUCUAAAAAAGGGAAAAAAAACAUAGGCAGUAAUGCUCCCUUAUUUUAUGAGGUGUUAAUUGCAGCAAAAACAAUUAUGGAUAGUGGAGAGAAAUUAACCUUACCACUGAUUGGGAAACUCUUGAAGUAUCAACUUCUCCAGGUCAAAUUUAAGGACCAACAGCGACGGGAAAAUGAAAAGAAGGUGAUAGAAGAUAGACUUAAGUUAGAAAAAGAUAAGGAAAAAGCAAAAUCUCCUAAGGAGAAGAAGACCUCAACUGCCAAGGUUGCCAAAAGCAAGGGAAAGGAUCAGCCUGAGGCCAGCACAACAGUGAAAAAGACCACCCAGUUAAAGCGGCGUGGGGAAGAUGAUGGCACCAAACUUUACAUCGACGAUGAGCCAGACGAUGGUGCCCAGCAUUACAUUAUAGUUGUGGGCUUCAACAAUCCUCAGCUAUUAGCAAUUAUGACUGAACUUGGCAUUCCUAUAACCAGCGUGAUUAAAAUAUCUUCGGAGAAUUAUGAACCUCUGCAGACACACCUGGCAGCAGUUAGCCAGCAGCAGGAAGUUUUUCUUCAGCCAGAAGAUAUAGAAGCUGAAAACCUGAAGAAAGAGAAUGCCAUAAAAGAACUUGAAAUUUUCUGGAAGUACUUGGAACCAAUCCUGAAUAAUGAGAGACCUGAAGCAAAUCUCUUUGAUGUUGCUCAGCUUGAAUACAUGGUCAAAGCGACUGAUUUUCCUUCUGACUGGUCAGACAGCGAGUUAAUGCUGGAAUUAGGCACUGAUAUUUUUGAAGACAUUGCCUGUCUGAUGUAUGACUGCCUGGAUUGGAAAAGGCAGCACCAACACUAUUUGGAAAGCAUGCAGCUUAUUAAUGUCCCACAAGUGCUUACUGAGAAACCUGUCCUAGAAGCCACAUUGAUUUCUGAGGCUCCACAGCCUAUUGCUCCAACCUCUGGGAAGAAGAAAGCACAAUGCGAAGAACCACAAGCUCCACCACCAGUGACUUUCAGCCCCACAACUGAAGUAGACAUGAGAUAUUACAAUGAUUUACUGAAUCCGAUACCAGAGGAAUUUGUUUCUGUGUCUCUUAUACUGCACUGCAUGCUGGAACAGGUUGUGGCAUCUGAGGAAGAUCUUGUCCCACCCAGCCUGGUGGAGCCGCCCCCCAGAGCAGAUGGCUUAGAUCACAGAAUCGCAGCUCACAUUGUAUCCAUUCUGCCAUCACUGUGUCUCUCAGAGAAGGAAAAAAAGAAUCUGUAUGAAGUAUUUUCAUCUGAAGAAGAAAGAGAAAGCAAAAGCAAAGCAGUGCCCAAUUUUCUGAACUAUCACGAUGCUCACGCCCACAAGAAGUAUGUACUAAAGGACCAAAAGAAUUUCGAUCCAGUUCAAAUUGAGCAGGAGAUGCAGUCCAAGUUACCACUUUGGGAAUUCCUUCAGUUCCCACUGCCCCCGCCAUGGAACAGCACUAAACGUCUAGCUACAAUUCAUGAGCUUAUGCACUUUUGUACAAGCGAAGUCUUGAGCUGGAAUGAAGUAGAACGAGCUUUCAAGGUAUUUACUUUUGAGAGCCUAAGGCUCUCUGAGGUUGACAAAAAUGGAAAACUACAGCCUUCUGGUAUGAUACAGGGGACAGAUUCUGAGAUGUUCAACAUACCAUGGGACAACCCGGCCAGAUUUGCUAAACAGAUAAGACAGCAAUACAUCAAGAAAAUGGAAACUCAAGAGGCCAGAAAGCAAACAGAUACCGAAACCAAAGACAGAAUAUUAUUCAUGGAUCAGAAUUGGUCAACAUCUGUGCAAGAUGAUGAGAGCAAUAGAACACCUUCAGAUUCCAGUCAGCCUGAUACAGACAGUAUGAAGUAUUCUGACUCAAGUAACAUGAAACCUGUAGGCCCUGAGAAGACAGAGCCAUCAGAGCAGACCAGCAGGGAGAAUAGGCCCCAUCCUAGGCAUUUUGAGCAGACCGUGAACAAUGAGAUCAAAGAUGAAGCAUUCGCAACGGCUGAUUCUCUUGAAAAGAAACCCAAGAAGAUGAUGGUGGAAGUAGAUUUGGAGGACAUAAAGAAAACUCAGCAGCGCAGUCUAAUGGAUUGGAGCUUUACUGAACAUUUUAAACCGAAAGUACUGCUUCAGGUUCUUCAGGAAGCCCAUCAGCAAUAUAGAUGUGUUGAUUCUUAUUACCAUACCCAAGACAACUCUCUACUUUUAGUCUUUCAUAAUCCAAUGAAUAUACAACGUCAGCAUUGUGAAUAUUGGAAUAUUGCUCUUCACUCCAAUGUUGGAUUCAGAAGUUAUUUAGAACUUGUUGCAAAAUCCAUUGAAGAGUGGAUCACAAAAGAAGAAGCUAAAUAUCAGGAAACUAAAAUGACUGAGGAAAUCACUAAAACCAAGGCUGAGCUAGAACUGAAAUAUUCUACUGGAACCAAAACAUCUUCUACUAGCAAAAUUUUUUCCCUGAAAAAAUCUAAAAGCAACAAAGUAAUCAGCAAAACAGAUAUACCAGAACCAGAAAAAGAAAAAGAAAAGGAAAAGGAGAAGGAAAAGAUUUCUUUCAUUUUAGAAGGUUCUCUCAAGGCAUGGAAAGAAGAACAAGAUCGCUUAGCAGAAGAGGAACGCUUAAGAGAAGAAAAGAAAGCAGAAAAGAAGAGUAAAGAAGCUGGCAAAAAGAAAGGCAAGGAGAAGGUAGAAAAAGAAGAAAUUAGGGUUCCGAGGAAAAAAGCUUCUUUGAGGGAUAAAGUUAAAGAAGAACAAAUUAAGAUCUCAGAAGGAACAGAGGAGCCCCUCCAGCAAUCGGAACCUGAAAGAGUUUACCCGUUUCGAGGAUACAAUAUGGGAGAUAUACCCAUCCAAAUCUCAGGGACAAAUUACUAUCUGUAUCCUUCUGAUGGAGGACAGAUCGAAGUAGAAAAGACAACAUUCAAAAAAGGCUCAACUUUUAUCAAAGUGAAAGUGAAAAAGGACAAACACAAUUUUAUGAUUCAUUUAAAAGACCCUGUAGAAAUUAUAAAAAAGGAGGAUGAAGAGGACUGUUCUUCGGAAGAAAAAGAAGAAAAAAAUGUGGAACCAAAUCUUGAAACAGAAGUAUCCUCUGCAGAGAAUAAAGCUGUCAGUAAGUUUGGAUCUUUCUCUGCCACCUUAGAAAAUGGAAUCUGCCUCUCAAUAAGUUAUUACGGAUCGAGUGGAAUGGCUCCAGAAGAGAAAGAUCCUGUCUUGGAAACAAUGUUGACUAUCCCUUCAGCACUUACUGCAACAGUGAUUCCUGUUGUAGUGCCUGUUUCUCAAGGAAAAGGAAAGGGGAAAACAAAAGGCAAAGAAAAACCCAAAGAAUCCCUUAAAGAAGAGGAGCAUCCAAAAGAAGAAGAGAAGAAGGAAGAAGUAGAACCAGAAGUAGUUGUACAAGAGACUGUGAAUGUUCCCACCUUUCAAAGCCUGAAUGUGUCUUGUCCCAAUGGGCUCCACUUGACCUUCAUUGGGCAAGAGAAUACAGGUGAAUAUGUUAUAGAUGAAGAACCCACCUGGAACAUCAUGGUUCGUCAGAGCUACCCCCAGAGGAUAAAGCAUUGUGAGUUCUAUAAAACAGUGAUGCCACCAGUGGAACAGGAGGCAUCGAGAGUUAUCACCAGCCAAGGCACGGUUGUCAAAUAUAUGCUGGAUGGAUCCACACAGAUUCUCUUUGCAGAUGGUACUGUCUGCAAUAGUCCUGACUCAGGUCCUAUUUAUUCUUCUCCUGAAAUGUCAUUGAGCCCUCAUAGUGGAGAGAUGAUGGAUUCAGUUUUUCAGCAAAAGUCAGAAACAGCGCCAUCUGAAAUUGUCAUCACAAAGAAAGGAAAAGGUCACAAAAAUCAGUCAUCAGUGAUACAUAAGAAUGAAAUUCAUGAACCUCCCCCAGAGAUAGUUCAGGUGGUAACCCCCGUGGAGGUUCACCCAGGCACCUGGUUUACAACCACACCUGAAGGAAAUCAGAUUGGUACCAAAGGAUCAGAAAGAAUGGACAACUUGGCCUCACUAUUAUCCUUUCAGGCAACAGAUCCUGUCACUGAAACGGUUAUGAUAACUCGAGAAGACAAAGUGAUCAUUGUUAAAAAGAAAGAUGGUACCCAGAUAGUAGACCAUGCUGAUGGUACCAGAAUCACCACCUUUUAUCAAGUUUAUGAAGAUCAUAUCAUUCUUCCAUAUGAUGAGGAUCAAAAGACAACCCUAGGUCCCCUGACCAUCACCAGGCAGGUGAAGUGCAUGCGGAUAGAAAGCUCACACUAUGCCACUGUCAUCACCAACUGUGAGGACAGCAGCUGCUGCGCUACCUUUGGGGAUGGAACGUCUAUCAUUGCGAAGCCGCAGGGGACGUACCAGGUAUUACCUCCAAACACUGGCUGUCUUCAUAUCGAUAGAGAUUGUUCAGCGAUAUAUUGUCAUGAAUCAAGCAGUGACUUAUACCAUCCUUUCCAAGAGCGUGAGCAGCUGAGAGCCAGCAGGUACAUCAUGAAGCACACGUCAGAGAUUAUCUGUGAGGUCCUGGAUCCUGAGGGAAACACCUUUCAGGUCAGGGCUGAUGGUCGUGCAUCAACUAUACUACCUGAAAAAAAAUUAGAAGAUGACUUAAAUGUAAAAACUGAGGGCUAUGACAGUUUAUCAUCUUUUCACCUUCAAAAGAAUCACCUACAAAUCUAUGGUGAACACGUCCCCAGGUUUUUUGUUAUCUAUGCUGAUGGAUCAGGGAUAGAGCUUCUUCGAGACAGUGACAUAGAAGAAUACCUGUCGUUGGCAUAUGGAGAAGCAACUACUGUAGUUCUCCAAGAGCCAGUACAGGAACAGCCAAGUGCCCUGAGCAUCACAGUCCUUCGCCCUUUUCAUGAAGCAUCACCAUGGCUAAUAAAAAAGGAGUUGGAUACAGUUGUUCCUCCUAAUCUCCAGUCCAGAUCAUGGGAAAAAUUCCCCUCAGUUGAGAAAAAAACUCCAGGACCUCCAUUUGGCACUCGGAUUUGGAAGGGCCUUCGCAUUGGGUCCCAACAGCUAAUGAGUGUCGCACCCCCUAUACUCAAAGACCCCACUGUGCUACAGAUGCGCCAGUUCAUCCAACAUGAGGUCAUAAAUAAUGAGAUGAAACUGAGGCUGCAGGUUUCCCUUAAGGAUUAUAUAAAUCAUAUUCUAAAGAAAGAAGACGAGCUGCAGGAAAUGACAGUUAAAGAUUCCAGAACUGAGGAGGAGAGGGGUAAUGCUGCAGACCUCCUCAAGCUGGUUAUGUCUUCCCCUAAAAUGGAGUUUUUUUUAACUACAUAAAGUCAUGUUAAUGAAGUUGCAGCCCACCUAGCCGACGUAUUCAAGCAAUCUUUGACUGCUUCUCCAAACUGUCCAACAGACACAUUUAGUAAAGAGUUCUUUGAAAAUAAAUGGAGGGACACAGCAGAAGCAAAGAGCUGGAAAGAAAAGAUAGAAAAAACGAGGAAGGAAAUUGAGAAAACCAAACAGUAUCUGAUGGAAAUUAGGAACCAAAGCAUAUCACCCUACUUCAAAUCUGAUUUGAACGAGUUAUACCAGUUUCAGUAUAAUUAUCUGAACAGCCUUUCCAAAAAAUUGCCUCCUUUUACAAAGAAAGAUGAAAGAGAAACAGUUGUUCAAGAUACAUCUGAUCUUCAUUCAGAUUCCGAUUCACAUAAGGUUUCAGAACAGAAAUUUUCAAAUAUGCUUAGUCUUCCAAAAUCAGAGAUUUCUGCAGAUAUCAAAGAGUCCAAUUGCCAGAACCAGACUGAAGACUUAACAGAAUCUAUUAAAGAACCAGAAUCUUGUGUGCCCAUGAAAAUCCCAACCCAGUCAUUGCUGCAGGAUGUUGUGGGACAAGCAAGGAAAGAAAAAGUGAAGUUACCUCAUUAUCUGCAGAGUUCCAAGCCCAAGUCUCAACCUCUCACAAAGGUGCAAGAUUCUGUUGGAGGAAAAGUGAACACAUCCUCUGUCGCCUCUGCUGCCAUCAAUGCAAAGUCGACCUCUUUCGGGUUCCACCUUCUUCCACCAUUUGUGAAGUUUGGGGUGCUUCAAGAAGGACACACCUAUGCAGUCAUAGUAAAGCUCAAGAAUGUUGGCGUAGAAUUCUGCAGAUUUAGGGUGAAGCAGCCCCCACCCAGCACAGGACUGAAAGUGACAUACAAACCUGGACCUGUGGCAGCUGGUUUGCAGGCAGAACUGAAGGUGGAGUUAUUUGCCAUGGCUAUUGGAGAGAAUGGUACCAAGGGACCAGUACAUAUCUCUCACAAUAUUGAAAUCAUGACUGAACAUGACAUUCUGUUCUUACCUGUGGAAGCAACAGUUUUAACAAAAAGUGAUUAUGAUAAGAGACCAAAAGAGUUUCCCCAGGGAAAAGAAAAUCCUAUGGUCCAGAGGACUUCUACAAUUUCUUCCUCUACACUUGGAGUCUUCAUGUCUCGUAGAGUUUCUCCACAUUAGAUCCGUUUCUUCUCGGUAUAGCUCAAUAGCCUCCAUGAUCCUCUCAGCCUAUAAGAUAAUGACAAAGGACAGAAAACACCACACACACUCCAUCAUCCCAAGACACUGAAACUGGAAGAAGGCUUGACUAGAACUUGCCAAAUGAAACAUACUGAACCAGUUUAAUAAAAUUUGUCAAUAGAGUGCCAAACAGCAUUUAAAGAUGUCUUCGUUUUUCUUUCCUUUUUCCUUUC